AUGAGCAAACCAGAUCCUCUUUCCCCCCUCCCCUUCCCAAAACCCACCAUAAUUCCCCCGCGCGGCCCGCACACCCACACCCUGAUCUUCCUGCACGGCCGCGGCGAUAACUCCCUCGACUUCAGCACGGACAUCAUCACCGCCCCUCUCCAGAUCCCCACGCCCUCCAACCCGGCCAGCACUUCGCUCCCCCAGCGCUUCCCCGGCAUCAAAUUUAUCUUCCCGGACGCGAAAAUCAGCCGCUCCACCGCGGGCGCGAACUCGAUGAUGCAGCAGUGGUUUGAUGUCGCGACGCUACGGCCCGUGCACGAGAGGGAGUGGGAGCUGUCGCGCGACGGGCUGCGGGCCUCGGUGCGCUAUCUGCUGGAGCUUGUCAGGGAGGAAGGGAAGGUUCUGGGCGGGGUUGGGAAGGUUAUUGUGGGCGGGCUUAGUCAGGGGGCUGUGGUCGCCUUGGGCGCGGCGGUGGCCUUCGAUGCGGAGGUUGAUGGGGAUGGGGAGGCGCUGGGGGGCUGUGUGGCUAUGAGCGGCUGGUUGCCAUUCCAGAGGGAGUUGGACGAGUUAGUUGGAGGGGGCGGCAUGGGGAAGGAAAAAGGCGGUGAUGAUGGUGGUGAGGCAGGCACCGCCGUCGUAGAUGAAGAUGAAGCGGAAGAUGAAGCGGAAGACGCGAAGGAACGGCGUUUACGGUCCGGUUCGAACCUAGCUGCCAGAGCGACAAAUUGGUUCCGCGAGAAUAUACUGGGUAUUCCUCCACCCGCUGUUCCGACCGCGCAGUCGCAGCCACCCUCGCGGUCACCCUCACACCCCAAGACCCCCAUCUGGAUCUCGCAUGGGGCGCUGGACGAGCAUGUGUUGCCCCAGUUCGGCGAAAACGCAGCGAAGACACUAGAGAGGCUGGGUUGGAACGUCACGUUUAUGUUAUAUGACGAUCUAUCGCAUUGGUUUAUGCCGGAUGAAUUGGCGGAUAUGGCGAUUUAUCUGAAUUUGGUGGUUGGCGUUCCGGAUGCGGAGUGA